AUGUCAAAACGUUCAAGAGAGGAUGAUAAUAGUUUAGAGAUGGAGGUACUAAAUGUAUCCUCCACUUCAGGAAAGGAUGAGAACGGUAACGCCACUGUCGAAUCCUUUGCAGAUUUGAAGCUAUCUGAGCCAACUAUGAAAGCUAUUGAGAAGAUGGGCUUUGAAAAUAUGACUCCAGUUCAAGCUAGAACUAUUCCACCUUUACUUGCCGGUAGAGAUGUUUUAGGUGCUGCAAAGACUGGUUCUGGUAAGACCUUAGCUUUCUUACUUCCAGCUAUUGAAAUGUUACAUUCGUUGAAAUAUAAGCCAAGAAACGGUACCGGUGUCAUUGUUAUUACUCCUACUAGAGAGUUAGCAUUACAAAUUUUCGGUGUUGCUCGUGAAUUAAUGGAAUUUCAUUCACAAACGUUUGGCAUUGUUAUCGGUGGUGCUAACCGUAGACAAGAAGCCGAUAAGUUAGUUAAAGGUGUCAAUAUGUUGAUUGCAACCCCUGGUAGACUACUGGAUCAUUUACAAAAUACAAAAGGUUUUGUUUACAAAAAUUUGAAAGCUUUGAUUAUUGAUGAAGCUGAUAGAAUAUUAGAAAUUGGUUUCGAAGAUGAAAUGAAGCAAAUUAUAAGGAUUCUACCAAAGGAAGAUAGACAAUCAAUGUUAUUUUCUGCCACUCAGACCACUAAAGUUGAAGAUCUAGCUAGAAUGUCUUUAAGAAAGGGUCCAUUAUUCAUUAAUGUUGUCACUGAUAAAGAUACAUCUACUGCAGAUGGUUUAGAACAAGGUUAUGUUGUUUGUGAAAGUGACAAAAGAUUCCUAUUAUUAUUCUCUUUCUUGAAGAGAAACCAAAAAAAGAAAAUCAUUGUCUUCUUAUCAUCUUGUAAUUCUGUCAAAUAUUACGCAGAAUUAUUGAACUACAUCGAUUUACCAGUUUUAGAACUUCAUGGUAAACAAAAGCAACAAAAGAGAACAAACACUUUCUUCGAAUUCUGUAAUGCUGAAAGAGGUAUUCUGGUAUGUACCGAUGUUGCCGCUAGAGGUUUAGAUAUUCCAGCUGUUGACUGGAUUGUUCAAUUCGAUCCACCUGAUGAUCCAAGAGAUUAUAUUCAUAGAGUAGGUAGAACUGCAAGAGGUACAAAGGGUAAGGGUAAGUCUCUGAUGUUUUUAACUCCACAUGAAUUAGGGUUCUUGAGAUAUUUAAAGGCUGCGAAAGUUCCAUUAAAUGAAUACGAGUUUCCCACAAACAAAAUUGCAAAUGUACAAUCACAAUUAGAAAAACUAAUCAAGUCUAAUUACCAUUUGCACCAAAUAGCUAAAGAUGGUUAUAGAUCGUACUUACAAGCUUACGCUUCACAUUCAUUGAAAACUGUUUAUCAAAUUGAUAAAUUAGAUUUAACAAAGGUUGCCAAAUCAUAUGGUUUCCCAAUUCCUCCAAAGGUAAAUAUAACAAUCGGUGCUAGUGGUAAAACACCAACUGAUAAAAAACGUAAGACUCAUAGAAACUAG